AUGAAGCCUGCAGGUAGGGGCCCCACAGUCUCCUCCGGGGGCGAGUCCACGGACGAGUCCCUUGGCUCGCCGUUUCCUUGGCCCUGUCCGCCCGACGUGCGGCUCUGUGGCCAUCUGAGGAAGCAGAAGUCGCAGCGCCGCCGCUUUUUCGUGCUGCGCGCUGACCCUCCACGCCUGGAGUGCUACGAGAGCGAGAAGAAGUUCUUGGCCAGCGGCUGCCGCCCACCUCGACCCCGGCGCACCGUUAGCCUGGAGGGUGCCUGCACUAUUAGCAAGCGCGCGGAUGCCCGUCAGCGCCACCUGAUCGUCAUCUACACCAGCGACAGCAGCCUGGGAGUGGCGGCGGCCAGCGAAGCGGAGCAGCAAGCGUGGUACAGCGCCCUGCUCGAGGUGCGCGCCACCGCCGCGGCAGCGGCUGCUACNGCUAUGGGUGAGCCCUGGGUGAGCGACGGGGAGGUCAGGGGGUUGCCGACUUAG